AAUAAAUCAUAUCAGAACCAGAAAACAGACAAGACGUGUAAGAUUUUUGCCGUGUCCCAUUCUAGUUAUAGAUUUCACUUAUUACUGUGCAAAAAAUAAUGAAUAAGAAAAGAAUAAGAAUGACGGUGCAGGGAAGCGCGUUUUUAAGCAGUACAAUUAACAUAAGAUAAAACGAGUAACAGAGAAACACUCUUAUUUCACACAGAAACACUCUUAAUUUAGUGCAGAAAGUUAACGGAGCAUUCUGAUUUGAAGCUAACAGAUUUCUUUACAAGAUUGUGAGUUGCAAGGAAGAAACUUUUGAUGGAAGUUGAAGCUGGUAAGAGUGUUAGUAGGAGUGCAGAAGUGGAUGAUGAUGGCAAAAUCAAAAGAACUGGUAACGUGUUCACCACAACGACGCACAUAAUAACGGUGGUGGUAGGAGCAGGAGUGCUGGCUCUGGCAUGGGCCAUGGCUCAAUUAGGAUGGAUACCCGGCACAAUCACCAUGAUCAUAUUUGCAUGCAUUUCCGUUUACACUUACAAUCUGAUAGCUGAUUGUUACAGAUAUCCUGACCCAAUCAAUGGCAAAAGGAACUACACUUACAUGCAGGCAGUCCAUGCAUAUCUUGGUGGGACAAUGCAUGUGUUUUGUGGAUUGAUUCAGUAUGGGAAGCUUGCUGGGAUUACUGUUGGCUACACUAUAACUUCGUCUACUAGUUUAGUGGCUAUAAAAAAGGCUAUUUGCUUUCACAGAAGAGGUCACCAAGCUUAUUGCAAGUUUUCUAAUAAUCCCUACAUGAUUGGUUUUGGGAUGUUGCAAAUUUUGCUGUCUCAAAUCCCAAAUUUCCACAAGCUAACAUAUCUUUCAACCGCUGCUGCAAUUACCUCUUUUGGUUAUGCAUUCAUUGGUAGUGGGCUUUCUCUGGCAGUCGUGGUCUCAGGUAAAGGAGAACCAAGCUAUAUAUUUGGAAACAAAGUAGGGCCAGGAUUAUCAGAAGCAGAUAAAAUUUGGAGGGUUUUCAGUGCUUUGGGAAACAUUGCACUUGCUUGCUCGUAUGCAACUGUUGUGUAUGAUAUAAUGGACACUUUGAAGUCAUAUCCACCCGAAUGCAAACAGAUGAAAAAGGCCAAUGUGUUAGGAAUCACCAUAAUGACACUACUUUUUCUGCUAUGUGGUGGCCUUGGCUAUGCUGCUUUUGGGGAUCACACUCCUGGAAACAUCCUCACUGGCUUUGGAUUUUACGAGCCAUUCUGGUUGGUUGCUCUUGGCAAUGUCUUCAUUGUAACCCACAUGGUGGGAGCAUAUCAGGUGCUUGCUCAACCACUGUUUCGUAUAAUUGAGAUGGGUGCUAACUUGGUGUGGCCACGUUCAGAUUUCAUAAACAAAGAAUACCCGACAAAAAUAGGCUCCUUGACAUUCAGUUUCAACCUUUUUAGGCUAAUUUGGAGGACAAUAUUCGUGGCAGUGGCAACAACUAUAGCCAUGGCCAUGCCGUUUUUCAAUGAGUUUCUAGCUCUUCUUGGAGCAAUUGGGUUUUGGCCUCUCAUCGUGUUUUUCCCCAUACAGAUGCACAUUGCACAGAAACAGAUCAAAAGAUUAUCAUUGAAAUGGUGUGUUCUCCAGCUAUUGAGCUUUGUGUGCUUCCUUGUCUCAGUAGUCGCUGCAGUCGGUUCCAUUCGUGGAAUUAGCAAGAACAUAAGAAAAUACAAACUUUUCAUGUAUAAACAAUAGGCUAUAUUGCGCAUUAUUACCACCUGUAUCAUGUGCAUUUAAGAUAUAUUAAUGAAUAUAUAGGAACAGAAAAU